AUGGUUUCGGCAGGCGACGCCGAGCAGCCACUGCAGCUGCAGCUGCAGUCCAAGAAUGUGUGCGUGGUGGGAGCCGGCAUGGCUGGCAUGGCGGCUGCGCGCGAGCUGCGGCGGGAGGGCCACGCCGUGACGGUCAUGGAGCAGAGCGCCGACGUCGGCGGGCAGUGGCUGUACGACCCGAGGACCGACGGCGACGACCCGCUCGGGGCCACGGUGCCGGUGCGCGUGCCCGGCAGCAUGUACGCCUGCCUCCGCCUCAUCAGUCCACGGGAGGCCAUGGGGUUCUCCGACUUCCAGUUCCUGCCAAGGCACGGUGUCGCGGGCCGAGACCCGCGCCGCUAUCCCGUCCACCAGGAGAUGUACUGCUACCUCCGGGACUUCUGCGACGCGUUCGGGCUCAUGGACGCCGUCAGGCUCAGCACCCGUGUCCUGCGCGUUGCCGAGGCCGUGCCGACGUCUUCGUCGUCGACGCGUCAGUGGGCGGUGAGAUCCGUGCACCUCGGCGAUGGAAAAGAGAAGGAGGAGGUGUUCGACUCCGUGGUGGUGGCCACCGGGCACUACUCGCAGCCGAAGCUCCCUCGCAUCAAAGGCAUGGAGGAGUGGCUGCGGAGGCAGAUGCACAGCCACUCGUACCGGACGCCGGAUCCGUUCCGCGGCGAGGUGGUGGUGAUGGUCGGGUGCGGGGACAGCGGCAAGGACAUCGCGCUAGACCUGCGCCGCGUCGCCAAGGAGGUGCACCUCACCGCCAAGUCCACGGAGGAGGCAAUGACGCCGGCCAUGUCCAAGAUGCUGGCCAACCACGCCAACCUGCACCUCCACCCGCAGAUAGACCAGCUGCACGCCGACGGGCGCGUGGUGUUCGCGGACGGCUCAAGCGUCGUCGCGGACACGGUCAUGUACGGCACGGGGUACACCUACUCGUUCCCGUUCCUGGACACGGGCGGCGCGGUGACCGUGGACGACAACCGCGUCGGCCCGCUGUUCGAGCACGUGUUCCCGCCGUCCCUGGCGCCGUCGCUCUCCUUCGUGGGCGUGCCGAGGAAGGUUCUUAUUCCGUGGUUCUUCGAGGCGCAGGGAAAGUGGAUCGCGCAGGUGCUGUCCGGCCGGCGGGCGCUGCCGCCGGAGGAGGAGAUGCUGCGGUCCGUGGAGGAGCAUUACCGCGCCAGGGAGGCCGCCGGCGUGCCCAAGAAGUACACCCACGACAUCGGCGGCGUGGAACCUCUGAAGAUGUACGAGUUCGGGGAGAAGUACUGCGACUUCCCGCGGAUCGAGAACUGGCAGAGGGAGCUGAUCCUGUCGGGCAUCGCGGGUAUGAACGAGGACAUGGAGAACUUCCGCGACCGAACCGACGACAGCGACAACGUUCGGAAGGGCCUGCAGAGAUGGCUCGGCUUAGCUGCUCCACCUCAGGCUCAAGACGAUCAAAAUGUGGCUGGGAAAGAUAUAGCUGCUACUCAAGUUGAUGCGCAGGCCAUGACUAAGCUUCUUGUCAACUGA